AUGGUCAACACGAUCAAAAGCCUUAGUGAAAUCGAAAUAUACUGUGUAAAGUGCAAAACCAUUGUCCCUCGAUUGGAGAACAUAGUCAAAGAAAGAGAGUUGACGGGUGUCACAAGAUCGAGCUUUGAGGAAUCCAUGGUGAGUAGCACUCAGUAGGUUAUUCACUACUAAGUGACACAUCAUCUUAUCCUUGAUCAAUGUCUCUAAGUUCUUCAAAACUGCGGGGAGGGUGUUUAUUGGCCGAAAGUCAUCAAUUGAUGUAGAUUGGCCAUGCAUGGGAAUGGGCAACAUGUUUGAUUCCUUCCACAAGGUAGGAUAAGUUUCACGUUCAAGAGCGAGAUUAAAUAUUUUGCAUAAGAGGGAUGGGAAAAUCGUUUUUGCAUCGGCUUUUUAAAUGCUUACUGGGACACCAUCGGGUCAAGGGCUAUGAGAUUGACGAAAACGCCGAAUCGCAACAGUCACAUCCCACAGAGUGAAAGUUAUAGUUUCGAGAACUGUCCCGGUCAAUGCCUGGAUGGUCGGAAGCGGAAUGGUCGAGUCUUCAAUAAACGUUUUGAACAGGAGAGCAUAGAAGCUAUCAGCAGUUAACUGGGCGUCAACUAUAGGAUUUCCGAGAGCGUCUCGGAGGGUGGGAUGCUGCGUCCGUCUGUGGGUUCGUGCUUUUCGGGAGAAAAGUUUCGAGACAUUUAACGAACAGUUUCAGCGAAUUAAACCUCUUCGGCUAGCCGUUUUUCUUCAGACAAUCUAUUAGCCCGCUCAAAAAUAUCACAAAUAAAGGAUAGAACAGAAACGUCGUUCUGAAGAUGGGAUCGACGAGAAAGCCUUCGCAACCUGAGACGAAAGGGCAAGGGUGGGAAAACCUCAUCCGCAACAUUAAUUAUUUUCUAACGGGGAAAAAACGAGGAGUAAGCGGAUCCAAAAUGUUGUACAGUUUAGCAGUGCAAACAUUUACCUCCAAACUAAGGAAGAAAUCAGUCCAGUCGAAGGAAUUAGGGUGUGUUAAUAACUCGGUCGAGCGAGUUGAUAGGAAAUCGCGGAAAAAGCUAUACUUUGGGGACAACAUUUUGUCAGCCUCGAGAUUCAACGCUGAAAUAACUGUGUCAUGGUCUGAGCCACCGAGUGGGCCUAGGGAUGACACUGACGAAGGCAUGCAGCCUCUGCAGAAAAUUAGGUCAAGCAUGUUUGAUCCCCGGGUGGGAAAAUCGACAACCUGACUCCACAUCCCAACAUCCACAGCCUCAAGAAAGUCUUCGAGCCUUCUGGGGCCUGGAAGGCGGAGACCAGCAGACUUCGGGGAGAUUAAAGUCACCCGCAACCAACCAAUAACUCGUUGCAUACGAGCGUCCAGGUAAGAGGAUAUACAAUUUGAAAGUUUGCCACCUAUUUCGAAAGAGGACAGUUUCAAGAGAAGAAGGGCAUGGCCAGCACGAUCCCUUAUACCAGGUCAGAGGAAGGAGCACGUGAGGCCCAUUAUCUCCGCGACCAUGUUAUACUGAAUGGUUUUUCGAAGGCAUUUGCUGCGGCGCUGCAGCCCGCAUCUGCGUCAGGCAGCGGCAUAAGAUCGGCGAAACACGCGUGUCUGGGCUUUUAGCUAAUACCUGUGUUGUUAGUACGGUAAAUAAUUGCACAGUUCUAUACUACUGGCUGCCUGUUGGAGGUUUGUGAAUAUUAAGUGGUUAUUCCGCAGUAGCUGAUGAAUUUCAGCUAAAAUAUUCAUAUCAAACUUUGGACCGUGCCUGAAAAGGCCCGUUUUGAAAGAUUUACUCCAAUUUCGCGCAUGAAUUUCCUCGGAAAUUAAACAAGGCAUAACUGGCGAUAUUUAAUUGAACGUGUCAAAGAGAGGAAUAAAAAUAUCUUGCGGUGGCUUUUGUAUGGGGGUGGUCAAGAUGCUUUAAGGUUGUCGUUAGUGUGAAAAUACGACGAUGCGAUUCAUUUUUGACAGUGUCGGCAAAGGAGCAUUACAUUUAUUUGCUAUUAGCAUUAAAUAAUAAAGAUAUUAUUCCUUUUAAAAUGAGGACAGAAAGGAGGAUCAAAAUUUGUGAUGCCACAAAGUUCUUAUUUGCUUGGCUCUCUUGCUCAACACAAAUGCUCCUCGGAGUAUGUAACCUUGACCAAAAACCAAAACCUUGCCGUCGCUGCCUACGCAGUCGCCCCAAAAGACCAAGACCGAGCGUAUUUCAGGGGAAACUAGAUGUCGGAAUUGCAGACUGGUCCAAAGCUACCAUGCGCAGCAGGGUCAUGAAAGUUAAAUACCGGUUGAAGCCUGAGGAGCAGUCUGGGGUAGUAUAUCGUAUGCUGUGUGAAAACUGCCUUUCAGCUGCACAUACCAGACUGGGCGCAUGUUCGGAUUGCGCAUACGCAAACAUUGGCUUCUUGUACAACAAGGUGACGAACUGUCACAAGUGGCUGCACGCACCUACAAAUUGGGCCCUAGGUUUAGGUUCGCGGACACCAAGAUGAUUGCCCACGCCGGAAAUCAAACAGGCCGAGGAUUGAUUGAAACCUGCGCCUCGGAUAAGAACUCAGUCGGUCGAAUUAUCUAACUGUCGUCGGCGUACAGAGGUCCGCGCGGUCAGCCCCAGCCUUGCGCCAUUGAUUUAUGAUUGGCUAACAUGCCACUUAACUGUCGUUUGUUCUAUUGUUGCUGCUAUCUCUGACGGUGAACUCCUCCAGGAGUUGGAAAGCCCAGAACAAAAAAGAGAAUGCUUCGGUGCUCGACAAGCCUUUUGCUUAACUUAUAUUCACGUUUGUUAGGUGGGUUGCAUAGACCAUGGAGCUUUGACUCUUAAUCGUUUUGGCAGUCCUUUUUUGAUUAUUCUAAAUAAUGAUUUGAUGUGGGACAGCCCACGUUCUUCAUUCUUGUAUGAUGCAUUCUAAUUGAGACUUAGCGAAUGUUCUAAUAAUCUUGAAGAAAUAUCUUCGUCAAAAUUCAUAAAGCUAGUGGGUCUCACUGGGUUGUCCAGGCGAAAGUUUUCGACGGUUAGUCGCAGAGGACGAGGACUUUACUAUUUUUUCAGUCGAUCUACGUUAAUCUGCAGUAAUUCUGAGUUGGCAGGUCACCGGAUUACAUUUCGACUUACUACACCGUCAACGAAUAUUGGUGUAUUGCGGUUCAACUAUCGUCCACAUAUACCAAAAGCAAAAUGGGUCCCAGUACUGAGCUCUGAGUAAUUCCAUUCCCGACCGAUUUCUUUUGACCUUGCGCAAAUGACCUGAUGCCGAUCCACAAGAAAAUCUACUAUUCAUUUGGAGAAGCCACUUCCGAUUCUUAUUCUUUCGAGUUUUUGCAACAGUCUCUUGUGUGGCACGGUGUCGGAGACCCUCUGAAAGUCUGUGAUUAUGAUAUGAAUCGCGAGCCUAUUCUUAAGAGUUCGGAUCCAGCCCUGACGAAUUUACAACAAAUUUGCUGUGCAGGGUUUUUCUCCGGAACCCUUGUUGGCUGUUCGAUAGAAAGGUGUGGACUUCUAGGAAUUGUGCCAAUUCACCCUUCAUGAUCUUAUGUAUAAUUUUACUGAGAAUGCAUGUCAAUCUUAUAAGCCCGCAAUUUUUUCUUGACGUCCGGAUACCUCUUUUGAAUGGGGAAGUCAUAAGUGUUUAAUAUCAACCGAGCGAAAUGUCCAGUGUAAAAUUAACUUUUAAAUAGCAUUGGCUGGACUUCGGAAAGUCAACUUACAAGUUCUUCGAACAUUUUGAAUGGAAUUUUAUCUGAUCCUGGAGACUUCGAAUCUUUUAACACCUCUACAUACUUAUUUCGGCCUAAUGGGGCACGUAGAUGACUUCGUUCGUGCUGUUCGAUAUUUUUUAAAAAUGGCAGUUAGCCAUUUGAUUUAAAUGUGUUUCGGUUGAAAACACGAUAUAUCGUGUGAGGAACAGCUUGAUUGAUUUAUGCAAAAAUGACAUUUUAACUUUGAUUGUUGGCUUGACGUUGGAACGGCGUUCCAGUUAAUUCGUUGUGCGAUUGAUUCUUCCAUGACCAUAACAAUAAGUCAACUGGAGAAAUACUCCAAAUCCUUCAUUAGAUGAAUUUCGUCGAUCGUCAGUUAGCAGACCGAGGCGGGAACUAGUAGCCUUGAUUGCCAACCAAACACCUCUCAUGCUGCUCGCAAACUUGGUGAUCUUUUCGGGCAUCAACAAAACUUCUUCCAUUUACACAAUCAUCCUGAAGACUUCCCCGUCCAUUCGAUAUAUAUGGUAUCCAAACAAUUCUAUUUGGUUACCGAGAAUUUUACCGAAUAGCCAGAUUCCGAUUUUAUUUGGCGUAUCCGGCGACUUUUCGAUGAGGCAGGUAUACAGUUCACCAAGUUAGGAUGUCAGACUGGGUAUUUAUUUAGAAGCAUCGCGAUUUCGCCAGCCAGAUUUCCGUUCGAAUAGUUACUGUUUAGGCCGUGUUGCUUCCCUUCGGAUGUCCUUUUUGCUGGUGCCGUUCGUUUCUUAAUUGGCUACAUUAAAUUUACUUUCUUCUCUCGGAUCACUGGGUCGUACGGAUUUAGUUCUUCUGUGACGUUGAGCUCCUGGUUCCAUAAUGUUGUUUGCGGUACCUGAGUAGUUGCCGUUGUCCUAAGUAUUCCUGGCCGCUUCGGCUAAAUCAUCGUAUGCCUAAGAGCGACUUUCCCUGAGGAUUACCAGGUAGUGUUCGCCAUCCGUUGGACUUAAUUUUACUUUGGAGACAAGUUUUCAGUGUUCUAGAAGUUUUACUGGAGAGUAGUCUCGGUGAAAAAUCUCCUAAUAAGAGUUUAGGGACAUGGGUUUUCUGAAUAGGACCAAGAUAACUUGCUCCAAUUCUGAGAGGAUGCGGAUUCAGUUUACCUAGUCUGGCUUGGCCUUUUUUCCCUAUUCGUACUGUUUCUAGAAAUUUUACUUCCACGCUUAGGAAGAGAAGCUGUUUUAGUAGUCUAGGAAAGGAAACGAGGUCCGCUGAGUCAUGGUCGCCAGGGCUGACUGCAUUUUGUCAAGGUAAAUCCUGAACAAAUAAAUAUUUCUGAUGGUCCUUUUAGUCUUGACUUUAAUUUCCCGAGGAAUUCGCUACUGUUGUGGGUUCAAGUCCAAACGACACGACCAAGUUUUUCACACUUAGGUCAAACGGACUAUCCAAAUCUGCAAAAGGUCCAAUAAUGCAGGGAUGCUUUUUAAAGCAACCACGCAUCCAGCUUCAUCGGGAUGGUUUAUCAGGGAGAGUGGACUACAGGGAUACCCCUUACAAAGAUGACACAAACAUGUUGAAAAAAUUGGCAAAUGAUCCCUCCAAACCACUGGUGCAUAUUUGCCAUUCGUCAUUCGAAUUGGAAAGACUGCCAACCGAAUGAAAGAAAACAAAUAUCUACCCCACAUACCAUAAUGGAACUUGAGCCAACGUCAGUAAUUAUCGUCCCGUCGAUCUAACCUGCAGCUAUUGUUAAGUGAUGAAAAUGAUACCUAAGAAGGCGAUAUUAAAGCUCCUGAAGGAGAACCACUCACUCCCUGGGCCCCAACACGGCUGUAGAGAGUACCGUUCUUGCCCUUCCAGUUUCUGCAUUCGAUUGAGCAAUGGGUUCACUCACUGGACGAGCAGAGUAAGUUAGGCGUCAUCUACACUGAUUUCAGGAAGGCGUUUGACAGCGUUCCACAUGAAAAUUUAUAUUGAUAAGUAGGUCGUUUUUAUUUAAACGCCCGGACGGACACUUUCAUCACUUUACAAACUAUUCAAAAUUUGGAUAAGUGGAAAGCUGCUGGCCUGGAUAUUAAAUUUUCUUGGAGGGUGACCCCAAACCGCAUGCGUCGGUGCCUCGACGUUAACUCCCAUUCCCGGUUUAAGUGGCGUCCUCUAGGGUUCAGCCCUUGGGCCGUUACCUUUUCUAGACUAUAACAAUGUCUGUACCAGCAAGCUAGGUCGAAGCGCCGCCAUGUCUGCCGGUGAUUUCAAACUCCAGAGAGCUGUCAGAUCUGACGCAGAUAUGCACACGCUUCAAGAGAGUCUUCAUCGGCUUAGCAGCUAAUCUGCUCGUUGGUUCCUAAAUUUUAACUUUGUUAAGUAUGUGGUCAAAAAACUCUGUGCCAGAAGGAUAAACGAAGAAGAGGGUUCUUUCCGACCUCUUCUAGAUGAACGGCCCUUAAAACUGUUAUGGAACAGAAGGACCUCGGCUUUCUAAUGACCUCAUCGAAUAAAGCCCUCGCCACAAUGAUUAAAGGCAAUUAAACGCACGACACAAUUACUAUCCGCGUUGAAACGAACAUUGCACGGAUUGGUAACAAACUGUCCGGAAAAACUCACGGACCUUCGCUCGAUCCCAAUUGGACUAGGCCAUAGAGACUUAGCAUCCGUGGUUCAAGGAGGAUUGUCACCUUCUGGAAUGAAGGCAGACGAGGGUUACAAAAAUGGUGAAAGGUCUUGGUCAUCUGUCUUAAGAAUCUAGACUGGCUGAGUUCCAUCUGUUUCUCCUAAAUAACAGACAACUGCGCGGUGACCUAUCGGAUUGUCAGACGCCACUAAAGUGUCCUAGAGCUCACGGACUUCUUCAAAUGGGCUGGGACGUACGGUCUGCGUAGUCAUCUCUUCAAACUGCAAAGAAUGUUGGUCCACAUGGACGUCCGACGAGUCGCCUUCUUACAGAGGUCAGUUAGAGCAUAGAGCGGACUUCCUGCUGCGGUGGUCCCUCCUGGAACCGAUGAGGAACUUAAAUGCAGACUAAUAAUGAUAAUAAUUAUCAUUUUUACUGUAUCUAAAUCCGGUUUACAGGCAUUGUCAGAAAAGAUAAAAUACAGACCUGGCUGGCAGUGAAAAAACAUCCCAGGGAAUAAAUACAGAUGAUAGUGUUUUUGGAUAGUUUGGAUGGUUCAUGAGAAAAAACUGCUGUUUGUGAAAUGGCCACAUCCACAAGGGGUCAAGGCCCAAGGGGUGUAGGCCCCCAACGCUCAUGAUAGGUCAAGUAUCGGUGGUCCGAGGUUAAAACUCUUUUGUCAAAAAUUCUGGAUAGAAACUACUUUCUUCCGCACACCGGCACGCAGUAGGCUAAAUAAAGACGAACAGAAUUCCAGGCCGUGUCUGACGCACAUUUUAUAGAGGCCCAUUCGAAUAUCGCUGGUUUUAAAAUUUCGGAGGAUGAACCCAGUCAUUCUGCGGGCUUUGGAGACUAUCAGGAGCAGUGCCCCGAAAGAUUGAGGCUCCUGGAGUAUGAUACACCCAGAUCCUUCACAACCCCAGGCACAUUUAUGUCGUGACCGUCAAUACUUAGUUAGGGUUGGUGGUCAUCGCCACUUCCAUCCUCCUCCUCCUCCUCCUCCUCCUCCUCCUCCUCCUCCUCCUCCUCCACUGCCCCAACGGCGGCCGCUCAGGCGGCCGUCUCUCACAUCACCAACCGCGACACAACAACAGACACCACCCCCACCUCUCCCAACACCAGCGAUGAGGAUCAGGACUACACCUGCCCUCACUGA